AUGAUUACAUCUCCUUUAAAUUUUGUUGCUAUUAAUCAAAACCAAGGUACUACACCAUCUAAAGUUAUCCACUUUAGAAGAAUUCCUAUCGAUACUACCCAAAAUGAUUUGAUGAAUAUGUGCCAACCUUUUGGUACUGUAACAAACAUUUUGCUUUUAAAGAAUGGACAAGGAUUGGUUCAAUUUGCUGAAGUGGAUGGAGCAAUAAGUUUGAUAGAAUCUUUCAACAAUAAUCCUGAUUCACCAUCAUUUGUUAUAAGAGAUACUAAAGUAUACCCAAAUUAUAGCAGCCACACAGAAUUAUCAAAAGGAUUAAUUUCUAAAUCUGAUAAUGGUCUUGCAAAUAAUGGAAAACAACAAGAUCCAAACCACAUUCUAUUAGUUACUAUUAGCAAGUCUAAAUCCACUGAUGUUAACAUUGAUUCCCUCCAUGAAAUCUUCUCACUUAAAGGUUCUUGUUCAAUUGAAAAGAUUGUAAUGUUUAACAAGACAGCAGGUUUGCAAGCUUUAAUUCAAUACAAGAAUGUUAAUGAUGCGCUAGAAGCAAGAAAAAAGCUUCAAGGAGAGACACCAUUCUCAACAAGUGAAAACUUGUUAAUCCAAUUUUCCAAUCUAAAAGAUCUUACCGUUCACCAAAACAGUGAUAAAGCCAGAGAUUACACAAAACCACCACAACAACCCCAAUCAAGCGUUUCCUCUCCAACAACUACCAACACUACAAAUUCUACUAAUACGGUCGCGGUUUCUUCAACCCUACCAUCUACAAAUAAUGCACCAACAACAGUAAUGAAGAGAAUCCUUUUAGUUUCAAACUUUAAUGAUAAGAAGAUGAAUUGUGAUUUGUUAUUCAAUCUCUUCUCUUGUUAUGGUUACAUUCACAGAAUCAAGAUUUUCAAGACCAAGCCUGAUCAUGCUUUGGUUCAAAUGGCAUCACACAAACAAGCACUUAAUGCUAUUAGCAGUUUGAAGGGUGUCCAAAUAUUUGGAAAAACAUUAUCAGUUAACUUUUCCAAGCACACUUUUAUUAAUACCAAUAAGAGUGAUAACAAUAUGAAAGAUUUUACAAAGACAAAUCUUAAUAGAUUCCCAAGAGGUGCUUCUACUAGUCAAACCUCUCCUUCCUCCAACAACUCACUCACAAAUGGAAAGCAACACAAUAAGCUUUAUAUGUGCCAACCAACUCAUACCCUUCAUAUUUCAAAUGUUCCAUUUGAGAAAGAUGAAAAAGGAAAGGAAAUUCUUACAAACAUUUUCUCACAAUUUGGUGAAAUUGAAGGUUUGAGAGUUUUCAGACAUAAUGACAAACCUAUGGCCUUAAUCAAAUUCAAAACAAUCACUUCAGCUGCUGAAGCUCUUGCAACUCUUCAUAACGAAACUAUUUCUGGCAAACACAUGAAGGUUGCCUUCUCCCUCAAUUCUGUUAUUCCUCAAAAUAAUAACAAGAAAUAA